AUGCUGAUGGACAACACUGUAACUCCUGAAGCAACAGCAGACACUGUUGCUGCUACUGGCUCAACCAGCUGCUCUAGUCCAGACGCAGUUCAUGCUUCUGUUGCUGCAUUGACACUUGAUGACUCGGUUGCAAGAGCCAAGAGUCCAGUUGCCAGUGUGAGCAGUCAUUCCACCAGCAAUAGAAGAGUGAUUGCUGCCAACAGACACACUGUUCUACUAGGAUCGCAUACAGUUGCUCAUCGUCCUCAUAUGCAUCACAGCCAGUUCAGUCAGCUUCGCACUGCUUCGCAUUCGUCCUUGAUGGGAGCAACCCAACACUAUCGACUGCAGCAUGCUGCUGGAGUGGACCAUUCCACCACUACUAGAAGAGAAGCUCAAAGACCUUCUUCUUACCAGCGAGAUCCUAGUCUGCUGUCUUCCACUCCCAUCAUUACGAGAGGAAAGUCUCCCGUUCCAUUCGACUCUUGUCAAUCCAGCUCUGCUGUCAGUCGUUCAAUUACCAUCACUUCGGCCACUCUCACCAGUCCCAAUGCUGCUGCUGCAACUACCAAUUCUUCUAGACUACCUCAAGGUGCUAUUCGACACAGGUUCUCAUUGCCUUCUAUCAAUGUAAGAGACAGUCUAUACCAGCAAAUGGAAGACAAUCGCAACUUGAGAGAGUCUGUUCGUGCUGCCAAGCCUCAGAAUCCUGCCACUACCUUCAAAAAUCUAUCUAAACUCUUGGAAAUCGAGAUUGCUGUUAUUGGAAAGCCUCUGAUUAAUGGCUACCGAGUCUACAUUCGUGAAGACCAGGCGCAAGACACCGAUCAUAAUCCUGUUCGUAUUCUGCUGUUCAACGAUCUAGUCGUUUGUGGUCCUUCCAUCCCUUCCGGUCCUGACAAUCGUCGUAUAUAUGCUGCUCAAACCCUCUGCUUCUUUGAACGCGCCUUUGCUAUACAAAAAGUUGGACUACAAGGCGCUCAUCUCAUGGCUGGUAAGGCUUCUGUCAGUCUUUUGUUCCAGACAGAAGUCGCUCGUGACGACUGGGUCAAUACUGUCUACGCUGCAAUGGACGCUCAUCGCGCAGUCCUGAUUCGCAGAGCUCGUCGUAUGCAACAGCACAUGCAGCGAAAUGGAAACACUGCUGCUUCUGCCAUCGCCAAGGGUAAUCAUGGAAGUAUGCUUGCCGAGCACAAUCUGAACCCUAUUUGGACUGCUGGGCUGGAAAGCGGUGGCAAUGGAUUCGAACAUGAUUACUACGGAUUCGAUUUUACUCACUCUGCCAAAACUUAUAAUCCUAGUAUCUCCACUGGCAGAUCCUCUCGUUCCACACUGGCAACCACCUGGAUUCCAGACCAAGAGGCUACCAUAUGUAUGAUCUGCCAGACUACAAAGUUUAAUGUCUUUGUUCGUAAACAUCACUGUCGGCAAUGUGGUCGUGUCAUUUGCCAUAAAUGCUCAGAGUUUAGAACCGUUGGGAAAAAAGAAUCACAAGUCCGUGUAUGUCUAGAAUGCCAUGGCCAAUCUUUAUCAAGCGAUUUCUUUGAGCCAACAGAAUCACUAUAUGGUUCGCCCUAG